AUGCGUUAUGAUUUUGGUGAGGAAGUUUUUAUAAAGUAUUACGAAUGGUAUUGGAGUAAAUCAGAAGAAAAAUUUGAAAAGCGCUGGGAAGAAAUGAGGGAUAAAUAUGGUGCAGAUAAAAGGAGCUGGUUAGUUAAUUUAUACAAUCAUCGAGAUCAUUGGGCUCCUGUGUAUCUUAAAGAUACUUUUACUGCAGGAAUGACAUCUACUCAGCGGAGUGAGGGAAUUAAUGCUUUUUUUGAUCACUUUGUUAAUUCCAAUAAUGCAAAUACCGAGUUACAUGAUUUUGUUAAGCAAUAUGAUAAUGCUGUCAGAGCUCGACGAGCGGCCGAACUUGAGCAAGAUUUUAAGUCCACAAACACAAUUCCUACAUUGAUAAUUGAUCAUCCAAUUGAAAAACAAGCUAGGGAGAAUUAUACAAAGAAUAUGUUUACUAUCUUUCAGAAAGAACUCAAGGAUAGUUACUCAAUGCUUCAUGAGAGGUUGUCGAAGGAUGGCGCAAGUGUUACUUAUGCCGUUUGGAAUAUAGAUAGGGAGGCUGGAAGCAAGAAGGUAGAAAAGCAUCAUGUUGUCUUCGAUGCAUCCAAAGAAAAAAGAAUUAAGUGUUCUUGUGCAAGAUUUGAGAUGGAAGGUAUAUUAUGCAAACAUAGCUUGCACAUUUUAGUAAAGAAGCAAGUAUUAGAAAUUCCAUCAAGAUAUAUUAUGCAACGAUGGACAAUUAAUGCAAGACAUGUUGGGUUUGGAGUUGUUAGAAAUUGCAUUACAAAUAGUAAAGACCAACUCUCUAUCAUUAAACAUUGGGCUCUUAGGAGUAGAUGCAACAAGGCACUAGAAGACACAUUGACUUCAAGUACACUUCAUGAUAAGUUUAGUGCUCUUUUAGACUCUUUUUUUGAAGAAGUUGAGAAUUACAAUAAAGACAAGGAACAUAACGAUGAUGGAAAUGAGAGCAAUGCCAGCAACAAGAUGCCUACUUCAUCCAUACCCAUCUCUAUAGAGGAAGCAACUCAAAUCACUAUUCGUGAUCCAGAUAAGCCUGUUGCCACGAAGGGACGACCAGCACAUGCUACUAGAAUUAAGUCGGGAGUGGAGAUAGCACAAGAAAAGAGUAUAAAAAAACAAAGAUUUUGUGGGUUUUGUAAGGGAAAAGGACAUUAUAUAACGAGUUAUCCUUUAGCUAAGAUGAAAAAUGUUGCAGGUGGAGGUCGAGAAAGUUAA